UCCGUCCACUUUCAGCAUGGACUCCACCACCUCCGGACCCAAGCCGAGGAAGGAGAGAAGCCACCGGGCCCAAAACAGCACCUCCAAGUCAGCCAGGGUCCAGAAGAGGAGAGAGGGAGCGCGAGGGAGAGAAGAGGAGGAGAAGAGGGAGGAGAAGGAGGAGGUGAAGAGGGCUACAGUGGUGGACAUGGACAGUGUGAGGAGAGAGGAGGAGCAGGAGAACGCUGGAGAUUUGGAGAUCACGACCGGACAAGACGACGGUCUGAAGAGGAGGAGUCUGGGGGCGCUGGAGUGGGCGCUCAUGGUUUUUGUCCUAUCUUUGGUGCUGCUGUUCCUGCCUGUGUCCAUCUGGUUCUGUGUCAGAGUGGUGCGGGAGCAUGAGCGUGCGGUCGUCUUCAGGCUCGGACAUCUCCUGAGGGGGAAACCCAGAGGACCAGGUGGGCGUGUCCAGAGACGUGUCACCUUAUCAUGUGACUUUUAG